GGAUUAAAUAAACAGAAAAAAAUUCAUUCAAGAAAUAAAUGAUGUCAUAAAGAAUGGAACGAACAAUUCGUAAAACAGGAGGUCAUGUUGAUGAUUUAGUUUUGGCAUUAAUUGAUGCUGCUUACGACAAAAAAUCUGAUGUACGUCAUGACAUGACAACAGCCCUACACAAUCUUGGAAAAAAACAACCAGAACUUGUCCUAAGCUCAUGCAAUAUCUAUUUACAGAAACAUCAGAAGCUGGUUCAAGGCCACCGUGUCCUACUUCUUGACAUGAUGACAAAAAUUAUAAAAGAUACAGGUUCAAACAUCUCCUUAGAUCUUUCCAAAGAACUGAUUUUGUUGGCCUCAAACGAAUUAACAAAAUCGAAGGACAUAGUUCCGGAAUGGCAAACUGCUGCUUCCAACGUAUUAGUUGCAUUAGGUGCAAAUUUCAGUCAAGAGGUAAUGGUUGAGAUGUUGCAGAAGAUUAUACCUGGGACAUUGCCACAUUACUUUGUCAUUCUCACUAUGGCAAAUAUGGCAAAGGAAAAUGUUUUUGGUGUAGUUCCAUUUUUAAAAGACAUAUUUAGCAGAAUGUUGUCGAUGCUUGGCAUGGCAAAGGCUGACAAUAUACGUUGGGUUUUUGCAAAAUGUAUUGGAUCAUUCAGUGAAGCAAUUUUAGAUUAUUGUGCAAACUUGGAAAGUGCACCCUACCCUGAUAUUGCAAAAGAUCGAUUCUAUGGAGAAAUAUUUACAGCAUUUGAAAUCAUGUUUACUGUGUGGCUUACCUCAUCAAAAGAAGCUAGGGUUCGUUUGGCCACAGUUGAAGCAUUUGGCCACAUGGCACAUUUGAUGUCUAAGGAAAAACUAGAAGAAUAUAUACAGAGACUUCUGCAGGGUAUAACAAGCUUGUAUAGAAGACAUUCUGAACACUAUGUUAUUACACAGUCAUUAUGUAUGGUGUUGAGUGCAGCUUGUACAGAUGGUUCGAUGAUGUUGUUACCAAUACUUGAUCAAAUGAUGAAUGGUAUUCAUGUACAGGCUUCAAUAGAACCAGAUUACGGCAACAUUCAAUCAGUAAAAAAUAAUAACGAACUUUUACGGUGCUUCCAAGUACUAACUCAAACUUUUUCAGAUCGUGUAGUGGGUUUUCUGCAAAUAAAACUGGAAGCAGGUCAAGAAAAAUCGAAAGCUGCAACAAUAUCAAUUAUCAAACAUCUAAUAAACUCUUCAGAUACUUAUCUACAAAAUAAAAAGGAGUUAAUACUUUCUAGUGUUAGCAUACUAUUGAACGAAAAUAAUUUAAAGGUCUGUCGUUCAUUUGCACAGUGUAUAAUCGCAAUGGCACACCAUGAUUACCUUGGAUUGGAAGGUGGUGGAAAGAUGGUGGAAUUUGUUGUUCGAAUGUGUGCCUUACAGGAUGAUGAGAAAUCAACAAAGCGUCCUCAAGAUGGAGAUGUCGUAACUGUAGCUUCUGUUAAAUCAAUGUGUCAAAAUGUACUUCAUUUGAUGUCGACCACUAUCGAUGUUAUGGAGAAUGUGCUUUGGCCAUAUUUAUUGGAAUUUCUGCUACCUAGUCAUUACACUGAAUCAAUAAUGGCGGUAUGUCGUGCUCUUUCAAUUAUUGCAUCAAGGAAAAGAGAAGAAGAAGAUGAGAGUUACAUGAUUCAAUAUACAGUUCAAGUGAAUGUGCCAAAACCACAAGCGCUUCUAUCAAGACUUAUUGUGAUCACUGGACAUCCAUUAAAAGGAGGUGGUCGAGGAAUACAUAUUCUGAACUUUUUGAAGUCAUAUUCACCUAAUAUACAUCCCAACAUCGUGGAAAUGUGGGACACUGUCAUUCCAAAACUUACAGUGUACUUAGAAGAAAAUUCAUACGACUCAGAAAACUGGAAUCAAAAAGCAUGGGAAGAUCUUAUUCUUAAGUUGUUAGCAAAAACCUUAAGUGCUGUUGAUUCAGAAGAAUGGUUCCUAGCAUUUGGUCGUGAAAUUGGCCUUCAAUUGCCUUUGUAUGCUGGUUGUACAGAGGAAAAGAACUUUCUCUACAAAUGCCUUGGUGUAGUUUUACGUAAAAUUGGAACUACAGACUUUAUUAGAGAGCAUCUAAAUUUAAUAUUUUCAUCGGUUGAUCAUACCAAUCAAACUGAGAGAGAGGGUUGCGCUGUUGGAGUUGGCUUUUGUGCCGCAUCUCACCUUGAUCAAUGUUUGAUGAAAUUAGAAGAAGUUACGAAAACUCAAAUGGUUCGUAAAGCAACAGGAUUUAUGGGAUUAAUUAAGGAUAAAUCAGAAGCAGAUGUGGAAAGAAUAAAAAGCACAGUGAUGUUGUGUUAUGGAUAUGUUGUGUUCUAUGGACCACCUGGACUGGUAAGUGCACGGUUGGAAUCAAAUGUGAUGCGAGUCAUUAAUCCACAUUUUACAACCGUACGUGAUAAUAAUGUGAAACAAAAUUUAAUUCGAGCUGUUGAAUUGAUUGGUCGAGCAGUGCAACCUAAUCACUUGCAGAGUGAGAAUUACGUGUUUACACGUAGAACAGAUCUCUUAAAACACAUGGAAGGGUUUUUAAAAUCAGAAUCAAAGACUGCAGCCACAGAGACACGGGCACUAGCAAUCGAUGCUAUAACUAAUUUAGUUAAGUUGGAAGAAAGUGUAAAUGAUACAGACAUUUCAGAAAUUGUUGGCGUAUGCUGCAGCAAUGUCUACCCUGUUUCUAUAUUGUCUUCACAGCAGUCACCAUUACGUGGUAAAGAUACCACUACCCAGUCAGAGGAAGAGGCAGAGAAAUUGAUAAACUCAGCAGUCGAAAGUUUAAAUGCGUUGAUGAAAGAAUUAUCUAGUCGAGAUCCAAAGCCAUUACCUCUCCAAUCACUUCUCAAGCUGCUGGAACCAUACAUGACUUCGGCUCAGAAUUAUGAGCGAGAAAGAGUUUUCCUUACUGUCAAAGUUAUACUUCAAAACUAUUUGAAUGUAGCCAAUUUUUCUGGUGGUAUACAUUUCAACACCUUGGGUUACAUUCUGGGUCGAUUUUUACCACGAUGUACUGAUCCAGUGACUUCAGUGCGUCAAAAUAGCAUGCAGUGCGUACAGUUACUUUUGACUAUCAAUGACCGAUAUGAAGGCGUUCCUCCAAAUGUUAAUGAUGAUCGCAUUCAAGGUUUAACUCAGUUGAAAGAAAGUUUAAACAAGAGCGAACCAUCUGUUCUUUUUAAUGUUGUGAAUGAGCUCUCUAUGGUAAUCAGCAAAAAGACACCAGAUGAGCAAGUCAAAACACUUGUAUUUUCACUUACAGAUGGCCUAAAAGAUCCCCACUGUCAAAGUUCCAGUGGUGCAUGUGCCAUGUUGAAUUGUUUAAUGAAAUUUCGUGGUGCAGAGCUUGGAAAAGAAGUCCAUACUUUAGUCAAAGAAAUUGUUGACAACUUAAGCGUUGUCAGUUUUAAUCAAACCAUUACUGGUUCACUAGUUGCAAUGAGGACAUUAGCUACGCAUCACUUGAUACAAGUGUUGCAGGCUUUCCUGGAUUUCCCAGUACCAUUUAAAUCAACUGUAUGUGAAUUUUGGAAAACACUAGCAAAAGACAAAGAUCUCACCUCAGAUGCAUUUGAUCAUCUGCUUGAUUUGUUGCAUCGUUCUCCUCCUUAUACUGAACACGAAGAUACCAAAGAUAAGUUCAAAAUGACUCGAAUUGCAACACCUUUGUCACUUGCAGUGUCUGCUGCUCUAACCGAAAUUUUUAAAGUACCUGAAUCUGAAGUUCUGGUAUCCAAUUUAUUUCCAAAACUUCUUUCGGCUACUUUGUUAAGACUUGGUUCAUGUGUGGAUGUGAAGAUAUCAGUCCAAGAUCAUAUAAAAGGGAAGAAAAAGGAAGUUAUCUCAACAAUCUCUCCUAUGAGUAUGGCUAUUAUUUGUUUCAAAGAAUUCAUUAACCGAACUAAAUGCACCUCCUUGAAGAAACAAAUUGAUGAUAAGGAUGUUUGGUCUUUGUUUGAUGAUACGGCUACAUUUUGUGAUGGUUUACAACUAGUCGUUGUAGCUUUGUGUGAAUGUGAGCCAUCUUCAAUCAAUGAUCUUGUUUCGUCGCUUUUACCAUCACUUUCAAGUCCAUAUGAUACACAACGACUCGUGCCUGCUGCUGUGUUCGCUGAGCUUGUUAACCAACGUUGUUGUGGUGAUAUGCAACUGGUCGAACUUCUCAUGAACAGCUUGUUAUCAAAACUUGUUGACCCAGCUCACUUAGUGAGAAAGUUAUGCAUCCGUGGGUUGGGUAAUGUAGCCAGCGUGGGUGGUCAAAAGUUACAGACGUAUUCAACAACAAUUUUAUCUGCAAUGAUGGCAGGUAUGGAUGAUAAGGAGGAUCCUGAGAUGACUAUCACAUUGGAAGCUAUGUCUGGCUUGACACGGAUAUUAGCACUUUUAGACGAAGGUGCUGUUCGUCAAAUCCUUAUCAAUAUUUGUCUGAGGAUACGACCAUGUUUUGAAAAGGAGAACGCCUCUGUUCGAGCAGCUGCUAUACAUUUAUUUGGUAAUUUAUCCCGCUUUGGUCAUGGUCCAUCAGAGAACUCCUUUUUAGAACAAAUCCAUACAAACUUUGUUAGUAUACUGUUACAUCUAAACGAAGAAACGAUCGUUACCAAGGCUUCUAAAGUUGCUCUACGUUUAAUUGGUCCAAGACUUGGUUCCACCGCGAUUAAUGAUAUGUUCCAGAAACAUCUUAUUGAAGAUGGGAAUUUGCACUACGGAGAAUUUAUGAACGAUUUAUCUCGUCUUAUCAUUGCAGAUUACACCGAUAAAAUGAAUUUCUAUGUCAUGGGAUGUGUUACGUUUUUCAAAAGUAAUUGGCCAGAUGUUCGUGCUAACGCUGCGUUGUUUGUUGGCUUCCUGCUGGGUAAUCUUAACAAAGAAGAACGUAAUUCUGUGUCACUCGAUCAUGUCUGCAGUGCGUUGGUUGUGUUGUUGAAAGAUCCCUCUGCAUCAGUGCGUUCGAGAGCUGCAGAAGCCAUGAGUUUGCUUUAUGACUAUUAGUUUUCACUGUACAAAGUAGAUAUGCAAUUAUAUAUUUUGACAUUACGUAAUGAGUACAUGAUGAGAUCAACAAUGUAAAGAUCAUAUCGAAAUUUUUACACCAUUGGAAGUAAAAAUUUAUAAGAUAAAUAAACAAUAUCCCAAAAUCUCCUAACUAGCCUAAAAUUUGAAACAAAAAGAUCGAUUUCUAAAAUUGCAUAUCCUGCAUUUUUUCUUUCCAAAUAGUGUUCUUGCUCUUCUGUUUUGACAAAAGGUUAGCCAGUAUGCAUAUGUUGAAAAUGGUGUGCUUAAUAAUAACUGUUUCCUUCUAAAAGUGUUCUUCUAAUUUUUGACCCAAAGUCCUAAAUUCUCCUAAAUUUGUAAAAUUUUAAAUCUGUGGGCACCCUGGUCUGUUUUGUGGAAUACAAAGGUCGUCGUAGAUAUUAUAUUUUCACCAAAUAUGUAAAAAAAUUGGAUUUCUUUGGAUUGAUUUUUCUUCUUCUCUGUCAUAUGUAAGUAUGUAAAAUGUCGACAACUAGCACUUUUCUUGCAGUUUCUACCAAUUACUGUUUCAUGUUUGGAACACUUCAAACAAAUGUUAGAAGCGUCUUAAAAAAUGGCUGAGGUUUUUCAAACAAUAUGUUUUGCAUUUCGAACAAUAUUGUGAUUAGUGGAAAUAUAACCAAGAUUUGAUUGAAGUCCAUUAGUAUUGGCUGUGUUUUUCGUAUCCUUUUUGUCUGUUCUGCUUUAAAAUUUUGAUAUAGUAUUAAAUUAUUAAAUUAAUGUGUUUAUUAUUGAAAUAGGCCUUUCCCGAAUCUAGUGUUUUUUUAAAGCUCUAGAUUGACAUGUUAUUUCGUUGUAUUCGAACUUUUCUUCGUUGUAUUUACAUAGCUGAAGUUUAUUUUAAUUAGGUUAUUGACAUCAAAACAAACUUUCUUCGUUAAAAUGAAAGGCCAACGCCUUAAUUUGCAACAGAGUGUGAGUAUAACGAUAAAAAAAAUUAGGUCGGUUUGAUCUUUAGCUGUAUGAUAUUGAAAAUUUCAGAAUUUGUUAAGUUUUAGGUGAUGUGUUCAAUUAAUUUUUGUUAACUUUUGAAACAAAAUGUAGCUCGUCAAGGAAAAAGAAAUUCGGGGAAGGUUUAUGUAAUUUUGAGCUUUCCCAAUACUUGUAUGUUUUUGUCGCUGUUAGACAGUUGUUAGAAUAAUUGCCGCGAAUAUUUAAAUCUGAAAAAGAAGGGAUUGUGGACUUUAAAUUUCGACAUGAUUAGUAUCUGUUUGCCUAAAUAUCUCUAUAAAUUACUUGACUAAUUUUUUCUAUUUUUGUUUACAUACCGCCAUUUUUACAGGAAGAAUGAAACUAAACUUAUUAUAUAAUACACGAUCUUUUUAUUUUUGUUUCUUUCUAAAUUCUUUUUUGUUAUAAGCAUUAGAAAGAUAUUUUGAAAAUUAUUUCAAUGGUAGAGAUUAUAAGAAUAUUUUUUAUGACUACAUUUUUUUUUUGAUAUUUCAAGUUUUGUUGUAAAAAAAAAUAUAAUAAAUUCACAUGAA